AGAUCUUUGCAUGGCUGCCCCCACUCCCCGUGCUAUCUAUAUCUGUUGCGAACGAACGAACGACGUCGCCGACAACGACGAAGAAAAAACGGAGAAGUGGAAUAAGAAUCAGACGACGACGACGAAUCUGGACGCAGUCGAGUGAGUAUUGGGGAGACUGAAGAAUGUCACUUGUUGGACUACUAAUAGUUGUGUGAAAGUGUAGAUUGUGCGAGGCUUUGCGGAGGUGACGAGCGGGAUUGAUUAUUGCUGGAUGUCGAUAUCGUCUAUUGUUGCGUUCGUUCGAUCCAUGGGAGUUUGAGUCGAGCGGGAAUUGAAGAGGAGCUGUGUGAAGAGUGCAUUGAGUGAGAGCGAGGGAGAGAGAGCGGGAGAGAGAGGGAGUUUCGUGGAGCUCAGUAGCGGAGGGUCGGCGGAAAGGGGAAUUCAAAUUUGGUGCGGCAGGGAUCGGAAUUGGGAGGCUAGGAAAGCUGCGCUGGGCCGUCUGUCUGUGUUUCCGUUCCGGGGAGAUUGGCAAGUCCUAUCAAAUUUAGGAAACGAACUGAAGUUAUCAGGGCUUGCGGAGGUGCUGUGGUGCAAUUAUUUUCCUACGGUCUAGUGUAGAACGUAAUAUUUGUGCUGGAGUUUUCGAUGAGGCGGAGCAUAAGGGGGAUUUUCAGGAGAGGACAAGCUAAUUCCUGGUGAAGAGGAGGUUGCUUAGACAUACUGAUUGCUUAGACAACGGCCUAUUGAGGACGUUCACUUCUUGGAGUGACGUAACGCCCGUGGGAGUGUAUCCCGUAACCAACGCCGGUUUUCUGUCUUAGAGCUUGGUCCGGUUGGAAGCUCAGCACCGUGAACCGUGUUCUCAGUGACUCAAGGUUAGGGUAGGCCGGGGCAUAUUUGAGCAGAAUUCGAGAAUGUCGUAUACAGAUAGAGUGUGCGGGUUGGUCCCGGGACAGUGACCCACUUGACGUCGAACUUGAAUUGUUGAAAAAGCAACCCUGGUCUUGCGAUGGCGCUCAUGGGAGUGACUCACCAUUUUCCUGUUCACGCUGAGCAGGUUUCUUACGAAGAAGCAGUUCAUCACCAAAUGUAGAAAGACUUCAAGACUGGAGGAUAUUGGGUAGAGAAGCGAUCAGUUCAACAGUCAUCAUUAUCGAAAUGGCGGAGCUUUUGCUCGCAGUCGAAACACGUUCUUUAUGUCACACUUAUCGUCGGCCUCACCCUCCUUUUAAGCACUAUAUUUUUGAACGAACAAUUGAGUAUGCGGAACGGUUAAGUUGGCAGACUGGUUACUGUUCGGUCGUCUUUGCGUUCAGAGGCAAUGGAGGUAAAUGAUGGAGGAAUGUUAUCUGUGGUUUUGCAGAAUUCAAUCAUGGAUAGAUUUGCUGCCUCUUUUAAGACUGAUGGAUCAUCUGUGAAGGCCAACCAUCUAUGUGAUUUACCAAGAAACUCAACUAACAAUCCAACAAGCAAUUCGACAGGCGAUGAAACAAGAGUGCCAUGUGCUAAGCAGAUCGGCGAAGAUUUACCGCGUGGCAUGAUUGUGGCCACUACGGAUUUACAAAUGCGGUCACUUUACGAAGAAGAUGAGAGACAAGUUCAGAAGGCAAUGACAAAGUAUUUGUUAGCAAUGGCAGUGGGUAUCAAGCAGAAGAAAGUAGUCGAUGACAUCGUCCAGAAGUUUCCACUCAAUAAAUUCACCAUUAUGCUGUUCCACUACGAUGGGGUCGUUGAUCAGUGGCAAGAUCUUGCCUGGAGUAAUCAAUCCUUACAUAUUGUUGCCUUGCAUCAAACCAAAUGGUGGUACGCCAAACGAUUCAUGCACCCGGACAUUGUGGACCAGUACGAUUACAUUUUCCUAUGGGACGAAGACCUAGGUGUAGAGAAUUUUCAUGCCGAAAGGUACUUGGAAAUAAUGAAGGCUGAGGGUCUUGAAAUCUCUCAACCUGCUCUUGAUCCUAACUCGGCAGAAGUCCACCAUAGGAUCACUCUCCGUCAUCCACGCCUAACUGCCCAUAAGUCAAUUGUGACAAACUCAUGCCCAACGGGCAGAAAAGCAGUUCCAUGUACAGGAUAUGUCGAAGUCAUGGCCCCUGUGUUUUCAAAGGCAGCUUGGAAGUGUGUUUGGCACAUGAUUCAGAAUGACCUGGUUCAUGGGUGGGGUAUUGACUUCAAGAUUGGCUAUUGUGCUCAGGGGUUGCGGAGCGAGAAAGUGGGUGUGAUUGAUGCAGAGUACAUUCUGCACAAAGGCAUUCCUUCCCUAGGUGGCCCGCAUGUAAAUAAAACAACGCCUGCGGAGAAUGACCCACACUCUGAGGAAGUCAUGUCAGAGGAGGUGUAUGAUCCUCGUAAAGAGGUACGCAAGAAAUCAAGUUUAGAGUUGAUAACUUUUCAGAGACGGUGGGUGAAAGCCGCACGUGACGAUCCUAAUUGGGAAGAUCCAUACAAAGCGUACGCAGAAGCUGAGAUGUACCGUGGCAAGGGGAGGGGUUAAGUGGUCAGUCUGUAGUACAAACCUCAUCAGCUAUGUUCCAUUAAUAGUAGUUCCUGUAGUGUUUUAUAACUUGCCCCGACCUGGUGGACAUCAGAACAAGUUGAUCCUGAUUCGUGAUAUUCUCAAGUCCAAUUUGCAGGGUUGAAAGUUAAAUUCAGCUCAUGCAAGUGGGUUUCAUUUCCCGGGGUGAGCUUGUUUGGACGGAGGUGAAAGGGAAAGUUCUUUAUCACUUCUUUCUGUCGUCUUAUUUUCGAGAAUAUUCUUCUACAAACAAAAAUCGCAUUUGUGCGACCCGAGAAUAUUUUGGUAGUGUUCGCUCAAUUCUGUAUCAAAGAACGUAGUUUGGGCUUUCUUCGUGCCAAUGCACGGUUACCAAAAAGUAGAACAAGCGCAGGUUUUUACUGUACUGAACUGUAGAAAGUAACCUUGUUAGAGUGUUCUAGUUCACGAAGAUGUAAUUUUUUAAUUUAUCAUUUGUUCUUAUCCUUCAAAGCAACCUAUUCUGGAAUAUAAUUUAUUAGAAUCGGCAAGAGCGAGAUUUCGGCCGAAGGCUUUCGACCGUUGUUCAUAGGUCUCCACCAAUGUGAGUUAAUAAAUAAACAAAAUGCUUCAUUGAUAA